UCAACGUGUUUUUUUUCAUUAUGAUAAAAAUUUAAUAAUUGGUUUCAAUUUUCCAGACAAUUCCUGUAAAUUAUAGGAUAUUGCUAAUUGAAAAUUUUAAUCUGUAAAACUGUAAACCUAUUUUAAUUCUUGUAGUUAUUAAACAUUUUUAUCAUAUGGUACAAUAUACAAUCAUUUAGUUUUAGCAGUUUAGUACUUAAAUUUUUUUUUUAUUUGUGAAAGUUUAUUUAAAUAUAUUUAAUAGGUAAAUAACGUGUACACAUUUUUCUCUGUUAAUAUCCAAGUUAAACAAUUUGUUCUAUAUUUUAGUUUUCAUAAUAUUUUAGAAUGCCGCGCAUCAAAGCUGUUGAAGAAACUGAUAAACAAAUCCGAAUUGCUAUUGUGAAUAAUGAUAAGUGUAAACCUAAACGAUGUCGUCAAGAGUGCAAAAAAUCUUGUCCUGUUGUCAGAAUGGGAAAAUUAUGCAUAGAAGUAGCUCCCAAUGAUAAAAUAGCUUCUAUAUCCGAAGAAUUAUGUAUUGGUUGUGGUAUUUGUGUCAAGAAAUGUCCUUUUGAGGCCAUAACUAUAAUCAAUUUGCCUAGUAAUUUGGAAAAGGAUACUACACAUAGAUAUUCAAAAAAUUCAUUUAAAUUGCAUAGAUUACCCACACCAAGGCAAGGCGAAGUUUUAGGAUUGGUUGGAACUAAUGGUAUUGGAAAAUCCACUGCAUUGAAAAUACUAGCGGGCAAGCAAAAACCAAAUCUUGGUCGUUUUUCUGUUAGUUUAAUUUUGAUUUUAUGGCUAUAUAUGAGAUUAUGUUAUUUUUUUAUAAAUACAAUUGUUUUGUCUAUUAAAAUGUACAGGAUCCACCUGAUUGGUCUGAAAUAUUGAAUCAUUUUAGAGGAUCGGAGCUUCAAAAUUAUUUUACCAAAAUUUUAGAAGAUGAUUUAAAAGCUAUGAUCAAACCACAGUAUGUUGAUCAAAUUCCUAAAGCUGUAAAGGGCACUGUUCAGCAGCUGUUGGAUAAGAAAAAUGAACGAAACAACAUUGAGGAAAUUUGUACUCUUCUUGGUAUGUUAGUGUUAUUUAUGUUUUUAAUUUAUACUGAUAGAAAUUAUAAAAAUAGUACAUUAAGAAUAAAAUUGUUUAUAAUUUAUAUUUUUUUUUUUUUUAGAAUUGGAUAAAAUUAGAGAUAGGUCCAUAGAACAACUUUCAGGUGGAGAAUUACAACGUUUUGCAUGUGCUAUGGUUUGUAUACAAAAUGGAGAUAUAUUUAUGUUUGAUGAGCCUUCUAGUUAUCUUGAUGUUAAGCAACGUUUGAAGGCUGCUUUGACUAUUAGAUCCUUAAUUGCUCCUGAUAAGUGAGUUAAACUUUUAAAUAAUUUCUGUUAAAAGUAAUUACAAUUAUUUUUAAUAACAAUUUAUUUAGAUACAUUAUUGUAGUAGAGCAUGAUUUAUCAGUAUUGGAUUAUUUAUCCGAUUAUAUUUGCUGUCUGUAUGGAGUGCCGGGAGCUUAUGGUGUUGUUACUAUGCCUUUUUCAGUACGUGAAGGUAAGAACAUUUGUUUGUAUUUUUUAAAAAUAUAUGCAUAAAUAUGUCUAUAGAAUAUCUAGUUGUAAGGUGUAGGUAAUAUAUAUUUGAUUAAAACCUUUUUUUAGGAAUAAAUAUAUUUUUGGAUGGAUUUGUGCCAACUGAAAAUCUUCGUUUUCGAGAUGAAAGUCUUAUAUUUAAAGUAGCAGAAAGUGCUACCGAAGAAGAAGUUAAACGUAUGACUCACUAUGAAUAUCCUGAAAUGACAAAAACCCUAGGCAAUUUCUCAUUAAAAGUUCAAACUGGCCAAUUUACUGAUUCAGAAAUUUUAGUUUUAUUGGGUGAAAAUGGUACUGGAAAAACAACAUUCAUUAAGCUUUUAGCCGGUAUCAUGCCACCUGAUGGUGCCAAAGGUAAUAUAUAAUAUAAGUUAACGUAUUUAAUAUAAAGGUAAUUUUUACAAUUUAAAUAAUUGGUUAACCUGAUGUUAUAGCUGAAUUACCAAGACUCAAUGUAAGUUAUAAACCUCAAAAGAUCAGUCCUAAAAGUCAAUGUCUAGUACGUGUACUUUUACAUGAAAAGAUUCGAGAUGCUUAUAUUCAUCCACAAUUUGUAACAGAAGUCAUGAAACCAUUAAAAAUUGAUGACAUCAUGGACCAAGAAGUUCAAAAUUUGUCUGGUGGAGAAUUACAGCGAGUAGCUAUUGCAUUGUGUUUAGGAAAACCAGCAGAUAUAUAUUUAAUCGAUGAACCUUCUGCAUAUUUGGAUUCAGAACAGCGUUUAGUAGCAGCUAAAGUCAUUAAAAGAUUUAUUCUACAUGCUAAAAAGACUGGAUUCGUAGUGGAGCAUGAUUUUAUUAUGGCUACUUAUUUGGCAGAUCGAGUUAUAGUUUUAGAAGGUGAGCCGUCAGUAACAUCUACAGCAAACACUCCACAAGGUUUAUUAGCUGGUAUGAAUAGAUUUUUGGAGCUGCUCGGUAUAACAUUCAGAAGAGAUCCAAACAAUUUCCGACCCCGAAUUAAUAAGACAAAUUCUGUAAAGGUAAGAUAAAAAUUACUAACAUAACUAAUUUUUUAGGUUAGGUUGUUCAUUGUUAAAUAGAUUAUCCCCGUAUUUUAUCAUUUCAUAUGCACUUCUUAAUAUUAUUCCAUCAAUGAAUUAACAAUUUGUUUUAUUUUUUAGGAUGUGGAACAAAAACGAGCUGGUCAAUAUUUCUUCUUGGAAGAUUAAAAAAUUCUACAGCCGCUAUUUUAUGCAUUUUUGAUUCAUAUAUCUUGUCUUGAAUAAAAUGCUUAUAAAUACAUUAAUUGUUAUAAUU